AUGUCCCUGUCGACAGUCCUUUGGCGCGUAUGGCCCAGACGAUGCUCAAGUUACCGUGGAUACGCGACUGCAGCAGUUUCGAAACCCUCGUCGUACGGACAACCGUUGUUUCAGUCUCACCCCCACCUCGUCGCAAACACAGAACUCACUCCUGGGUUCAGCUCCGAAGAAUAUGAAACACGAAGGAGACGUCUAAUGGAGUCGCUUCCGGACUCGAGUAUUGUCGUUUCGACUGCAGGCACCAUCAAGUAUAUGAGCGGUCAAAUUUUCUACAAGUUCCGCCAAGCAUCAGACUUCUGGUAUCUAACUGGUUUCGACGAACCUGAUUCUGCGGUUAUACUUGAGAAAAAUUCAAGCUCCCGCGGCUACCGGAUGUCCCUAUUUUCCGCCGGCAGAGACUCUGCGAAAGAGAAGUGGGAUGGUGCACGAACUGGCUUUCCUGAAGCUCGCUCUCUGUUCAAGGCCGACGAUGCAAGGUCAAUAGAUCAAUUUGCCCCUCAUCUUCGAUCUCUAUUAUCGAGUUAUUCCAACGUCUUUGUCGACCUUCCUCCUGGUACUCCUCGCAGGAAGUCUGGUUCUAAAUCACUCUUCCAGUUUCUCUCGUCUACUCCCUUGCGGAAUGACAAUGACGCUGUCCUCGAUGCACUGUCCAGUUCUCGACGCAAACCUUUGGCCCCCAAGAUAGCACGUCUGCGAACCAUAAAAAGUGACGCCGAGUUGGACGUAAUGCGCAAGGCAGCCCAGAUAAGCGGACGUGCGCAUGCUGCUACAAUGGGUUUCACGAAGCCGGGACUGUCCGAAGCUGCUCUCGCCGCUCACUUCGAAUACAUAUGUGCCCUUGGUGGAUCCCAACGGCCGGCCUAUGUUCCAGUCGUAGCCUCUGGCGCUAAUGCCCUCAUUAUCCACUACACUUCCAACAAUCAUUUGGUGCAAGAAAACGAGCUUGUUCUGAUUGAUGCGGGUUGUGAGCUCCAUGGCUACGCGUCUGAUAUCACGCGGACAUUCCCGGCGUCUGGUCGGUUUACAGAAGCACAACGUGAUCUCUAUGCGGCAGUCCUUUCUGCCCAGAAAAACCUGAUACAACUAUGCACCGAGGACUCCGGAAUUGGAAUGCAUCAGUUGCAUAUGAAAACUUGCACACUCUUGCGGCAAGAACUCAAGCAAGUGGGUAUCGACGUUGUUGGCAACGACCUCGAUCUGCUCUUUCCACAUUACGUCUCGCAUCCCAUCGGCCUAGACUUGCACGAAUCGACUUACUUCGAUCGUCUUGCUAGCCUGCGUCGUGGGAUGGUGAUCACUGUGGAGCCCGGCAUUUACGUCCCCCCGACCGCCCAGUUUCCUAAACAUUUUCACAAUAUCGGCAUCCGCAUCGAAGACCAGGUUGCAGUAGGGAAAGACGUUCCUGAGAUCAUUUCUUCGGUCGCACCGAAAGAGAUCGACCUCGUUGAAGCAGCCUGUUUAUCGUAG